CCCACCUCUCGGCUACUCUAAUCGCGGUCGCGCGGCCUAUAUACACGACAACCAUACUAUCUCGGGCUUCCUCGCCUUCUCACAAUGGCCGAAACCACCUCCAAUCCUGCGGCGCCUGCCCCAGAGGCUCCUCCUUCACGAGAGAAACUUGCCGAGCUCACCACCGCCGCCGCUCUCCAAUACUCACUUAAGAACCAUUCCCUCGCAUCAGAUCUCUAUGCCCAAGCACUCGAAAUUCAGACCGAGCUCAAUGGCGAUCUUGCCCCCGAGAACGCCGAGCUGCUGUUCGCAUAUGGUCGCUGUUUGUACAAGGUGGCCGUCGCAAAGAGCGAUGUGCUAGGUGGUAAGGUCGUACAAGAGGAGAAAAAGAAGCCGAAGGCAGACAAGAAGCCGAAGGCAGAUCCUGGAGAGGGCUCAAGUGCGCAGUCAAAUGGCGCUAAGAAGAGGGAAAAUAAAGAGGAGACGGUUGCAUCGAAACCGUACUUUCAACUCACCGGCGACGAGAAUUGGACAGAUUCGGAAGACUCGGAGGAAGAGGGUGGUGAAGGCCAGGGCGAGGAAGAUGGCGACGACUUCGGAAACGCUUACGAAAUCUUGGAUCUUGCGCGCGUCCUCAGCACGAGGCAAUUGGAGGCGUUAAAGGGUGUCAGCGAUGCGGACAAGGGUGUCAGCGAUGCGGACAAGGGUGUCAGCGAUGCGGACAAGGGCAAGGGCAAGCCGGAGGAGACUCCGGAGAGUAGACAGAUCAAGGAGCGGCUAGCAGACAUCUACAACUAUCUUACCGAAAUCUCCCUCGAGAACGAACGCUUCGACGACGCCAUUUCAGACUCACUCUCUGCGCUUCAGAUCGUGGAGGAAAUCUAUCCCUUUGAGCAUCAAUAUGUAACGGAAGCGCUUUACAAAAUUUCGCUUGCUCUCGAAUUCGCUUCUGUCACCCAGGUUCGCGAAGCAGCCAAUGGAGAGCCGACCAAAGAAGCGGAAGUAGAUUUCACGAAAAGGAAAGAGGCUGCAGAUCAUAUGGAACGUGCUAUUUUAAGUCUGGAGGCGCGCCUGAAAAAAGGACAGGCAGAGUUAUUUGAUGUCCCAGAGGACCAAAAGAAGAAAAAGGAAGAUGAGAUUACGGAUGUUAAGGAGAUGCUAGAGGAGAUGCGCCAACGUCUCGUGGAUCUCCAAUCCGACCCAACAAAGGACGCAUUUGACUCUACUCAAGGCAUAGAUCCAUCUGUCGUAUCGGGUCUGUUGGGCAGCAUACUCGGCCAAAAUCCAGCUGCGCAGAAAGCAAAGCUGGAGGAGGCUGCCAAGACUGCUAAUGAUGUGACUGGUUUAGUACGGACUAAGAAGAAGGAAAAGGCACCUGCUGCUAUAUCGUCCACAGCAGGUGACAAUAUAAGUGGCAAGAGGAAAUUAGAAGUUGAAGAAGAAAGCAUGAAUGGCAAGAGGGCGAAGACGGAGGAAAUACAAUAGCGGCUUCUAUACUUGCGGUUUCUUCUAUCCCUCCAUUCUUUUCGUUCUGUCUUAUUAUUUAAGGGUGAGAGGUCUCGAUUUCACUUUAUUCGUUCUAGUUGGGAUACCUCGGGAGAGCGGAAUCUUGG